CCCCAGUUAAAGCACUGGGGCCCUGCACGCUGCUUCCUUGCUGGGUGAGCGCAACGCAGAGAUGAAGCUUCCUAACUGGUACUGGCUGAGCUCAGCUGUCCUCGCGGCUUAUGGUUUCUUGGUUGUUGCAAACAAUGAAACAGAGGAAAUUGAAGAUCAAAGAGCAAAGGACGCCUGCCCGGUGAGAUUAGAAAACAGAGGGAAAUGCAACGAGGCAGGCGACUGCCCCUUCCAGGUGAGCCUGCCCCCGCUGGCUAUCCAGCUCCCAGAGAUCGGGAGGAUCCAGGAGGUGUUCAAAGAAGUUCAGAACCUCAAGGAAAUCGUAAACAGCCUGAAGAAAACGUGCCAAGACUGCAAGCUGCAGGCUGACGACAACCGAGACCCAGGCAGAAAUGGACUGCUGUUUCCCAGCACAGGAGCCCCGGGAGAGGCUGGUGACAAUAGAGUGCAAGAACUUGAGAGCGAGGUGAACAAGCUGUCCUCUGAGUUAAAGAGUGCGAAAGACCAGAUUGAUGUGCUUCACGGCCGCCUGGAGAAGCUGAAUCUUGUAAAUAUGAACAACAUAGAAAAUUAUGUUGACAGCAAGGUGGCAAAUCUAACAUUUGUUGUCAAUAAUUUGGAUGGCAAAUGUUCAUCGAAUUGUCCCAGCCAGGAACGAAUCCAGUCACAGCCAGUUCAACAUCUGAUAUAUAAAGAUUGUUCAGACUACUACAUAAUAGGCAAAAGAAGCAGUGAGACCUACAGAGUUACACCUGAUCCCAAAAAUAGCAGCUUUGAGGUGUACUGUGACAUGGAGACCAUGGGGGGAGGCUGGACAGUGCUACAAGCUCGUCUCGAUGGAAGCACCAACUUUACCAAAACUUGGCAAGACUACAAAACAGGCUUUGGAAAUCUCAGACGAGAAUUCUGGCUGGGAAAUGAUAAGAUCCAUCUUCUGACCAAGAGUAAGGAAAUGAUUCUGAGAAUAGAUCUUGAAGACUUUAAUGGUGUCAAACUAUAUGCCUUGUACGAUCAGUUUUAUGUGGCUAAUGAAUUUCUCAAAUACCGUUUACACAUUGGUAAUUAUAAUGGCACAGCAGGAGAUGCAUUACGUUUCAGUAAACAUUAUAACCACGAUCUAAAGUUUUUUACCACCCCAGAUAGAGACAAUGACCGAUAUCCCUCUGGGAACUGUGGGCUGUACUACAGUUCAGGGUGGUGGUUUGAUGCAUGUCUUUCUGCAAACUUAAAUGGUAAAUAUUAUCACCAAAAAUACAGAGGUGUCCGUAAUGGAAUUUUCUGGGGUACCUGGCCUGGUAUAAGUGAGGCUCAUCCUGGUGGCUACAAGUCUUCUUUUAAAGAAGCCAAAAUGAUGAUUAGACCCAAGCACUUUAAGCCAUAAUCACUAAUGCUUAUUUCUCUAAAUGUUCAUUAUCUAACAGCAAUUAAUUCCUUCAGUCCUGUAGAACAUGCCUUAUUUCACCUUCCUUUCUAUGGUUAAAAAUGAUCUCUGAGUAGGAUCUUACACAACAUAGCAUUUGAAAUAAAGGUGGAAAUAUACAUUUAAAAAGACUCCUUUGUUGCUAUUAUCCAAUGAAUGCUUGCAAGUAAUCAAAAAUAUUGAGAAUUAUACAUUUUAUAAUUCUUUUAAUUUCUAUUAAUUGAAAAGUUCUCAAUGUUUGUAUUACUUUCUAAAAUUAAACAAUUGUUUAUUCAGCAAGCUAGAUCCUAUUCAAGCAGUCUCUAUUUUGGCUGUGAAUUAAUAUGCACAUUUGAAAAUAUGUCACUUUUUUCAGCCUUUGAGCAGUUAUUUGUAUAUUUUUCUCUAAACACUGUACCUUUCAUUCUGAGAUAAACUUACUGACUUUAUGGCACUUACUUUGGGUCAGGAAGAGCUUACAGUAUUUUAGUUCCCAAAGAAAAAUAAUAUAUGUAAUUAAAGGUGUUCGUGUAAUAGUCACAAAAUGCAAAUUUUGGCAUUAAAAUAUUGUAAAAUGUGGUAGCAUGAUGUUAGCCCCCCAAAAGAGUCAGAAAAUAAGGUAACCUUAAAAACCCUGGUUUAAGAAAAUUCAUUCAUGAUUUAUAACUUGUUAGAUGUCUGAUGGUAAAAACUGCUUUAAUAUAUCUUCCUCCUGCUAUAUCUGCACAGUCAUUUUUAAAUUAAGAUUGCUCACUACUGUGCUAGACUACUGGGAGCCUCUCUUUUUGGGGAUAGGAGUGUGUGAGGAAAGAAGUGUUUACAUAUACUUUGAAGUACAAUUUCAUACCCAAAGCAAUAUCAUUGAAUGAUAUACUUCAUAGGAAGCUAAGUUUUCUAGAAUGAAUAAAUUUAUUUAUUAAAACAUGAAUUUUGGAAUGUAUAGUAGUUUGAAUAUUAUAUAUUUAAACCCCAAAUGGUAGGCUGUUUAUUUUACUAUCAGAGAUAAUGUGUUAUUUUUUUAACUAAACAGAAGUAUCUGGAACUUUUAUAAUUCAUGCAUUCUGAAUGCUAAGAAUCAUAUAAUGUUUAAUUUCAUUGUCAAAAAGAGGAUAAUUUCAGAGAAAACAGUAUUUUGCUAUACAUUUAAAAAAUGCUCUUGACUAAAAUUUGAAGUUAUUCACUAUAUGUAUGUGAGUCAUAGCAAAAAAUUUGACCUUCAAUUUCUAGUGUUUGGUUGAAAUACGCUAACAAAGUUUUCAAAAUAUAUUCACAAAAAUGUAUCUUUACCCCUUUAAAAUGACUGAUGAGGUCAAUUAUUUUAGGUUAACAAUUCUUUUUAAAACAUGGCACAAUGUUUUCAAGAAAAUAUGAUGAAAACUAAGUUAUUAUGAAUACUUUCAAACCAUAGGAGCAAGAUAAAUGAAAAUGUAAUCAAAUGAUUAUGAAAAUGAAAAAUAUAGUACCUAUUCAAAUGCAAAAUGUGUAUCUAUUCAGUGGGAUACUAAAUGUAAAUGAUACAAUAUUUUAUUUCUGUCUCUGAUAGAUUUUGAUAUUAUGUAUUUGUUUUGGAUAAGGGCAUUUUUGUUUACUAUAUGUAAUUAUUAAUAUAUAUAAGUAAUUUCUGUGAUAAAAUGGACUUAUCACAAAAUACAGUUCUAAAGAAAAAUAUAUACUUUUAUAGAGAGUGCCCACCAAUUUUAAUGGGAACUUGGUAUCAUUUUGAGGGAAUUUGGUGAAUAAUCAUUAAUUCAUGUAAAUAUUCUGUCUUUGCACAUUAUUUCAAAAGAUCAAACAUUUUCUAUUAUACUUCUAUAACACUUUUCUAAUAAAUUCCUUAACACAGAAAAUUUUUUGAAUCAUUGCAUGUCACUCAUUAUAAAAUAUAUUCUAGACUUUGAUGCUUUACAACGUAUUGAUGGAAAUAGAUUGUAUCUGGGCAAGUUCUUUGCCUUAACAUAACUAUUCACUAAUACAUGCUAAUGUCCAUAAAUGAGGACAAUUUAUAAAUAUUUUUAGAUUCUUGUCUUGGUUUCAUUUUAGUGGUGGAUAUUUCUUAAUUAAGAUAAGACUUUAUUUCUAAAUACUAUCAUUCUUUGAAAAUGUUGACUGAAACUGGGUCCUUAGAAAUUCCAAGUGGAGUAGAUUCACCUAUCACUGAGGGGGAAAUCAAAUUUUUCUAAUAAGCAGUAAUGCUCCAAAUGGAUUAAUGAAUGGCACAUGCAUCCAAUAAAUAUCGAGCUUAAACAUACAAAGCAUUAGAUAUAUUUGAAUAACAAUAUUUACUGAUCCUUAUUCUUUAAUAACCACUCAAUAAAAGGUUUUAAAAGUAAAAGGGAUGGGUAAUGUCAUUACAGUAAGCUUGUUUAAAAUUCUUUUGUGUGUAUUUAGGGUUAUGACUCCUGUCUUUUUAAAGCCUCAUAAAAUCAUGUGUUUAUUUUUCAAUGUGGAAAUAAUUAUUGUUUGUAAAAUAUAAAUUUGCUCUUGUCUGAAAA